AUGGCAGAAGAGAGUGGAUUUAAAGAAUGGCCAAAGCUACCAGCAGUAAUUGAUGCCGGGCUCAAAUAUGACCUCCUAACCGAAGAAGAAAAGCAGCAAUAUCCUUUAUUUAUGCGCGCAUAUAACGAUGUCGCUAAUGUUCAACGAGUUUUUCUUGAUUUGUUUUCUCAAUUCCUCAACAUUCAAAAAAUUAUUCAUGCAUUUCCUAAAGGAAGAGCAAUCGACUCAUAUUACAUCCAAUUUUUCACAAAAUUUGAUGAUGUGUUACGCUGCACAGCUGAACUAUUUGAAAGCAUGGCUCCAUAUGCAUUUUCUAACGAACCAAAAGUAUUUUAUACAGUCUUUAAAAAGAAAUUAGAAAAAUUUAAAAAACUCAGUACACAAUGGAUGCCUUUAGUAUCACAAUAUGUAGCUAUCAUACCAGUGUCAAUUGCUGCAACCAUAUCAAUUCCAAAAAUGAACGAAUUUUCAAAAAAAUUUGAAGAAUAUGAGAGACAAAUCAUUGAUAUAUUUGCACCAAUUAAUAUCUCUUUUUCCAACAAAUUAAAUUGCAUUGCUAAAAAGCGUGAAGAAGCUAUCAAACAAAAUAAUAAUGGAGAUAUGCAUGUACAGCUGAACACAAUUCUUAACAGUCUUAAUAAGAUUACAGCAAGAAGAUUAGAACUUGAAAAAGCAACUGAAAAUCUCGCAAUAAUCAUGAGAGCUUUAAAUGCUACUGAUAUUGAAUUAGAAGUGGUCGAACAUACUAGAAAUUCUAACUAA